GACAUCUUUUGCCGGAACUCCAUAAAAGCAUAUGAUUAAAGUUCUAUCAAGAGGAACAGUCUCCAAAUCAUAUUAGUUUUUGUAGUAGCUUUAACGAUAUCGCAAUUAUGGUUCUAACUACAUUAAAAGUCUUCACUCUUGCCAAAUUACACAGAUCAGAACCUAAGUUUGGAAGUUUCAACUAUAAUUCUCGACACGCUGCUGAGGAAAAACCUCCGGAAAAAUAGAAAAUUUCAGUUAAUCACUAAGGCUAAUAUUUACUUUGUUGGGAAUUACAAAUGAUUUAAAAGCCGAAUGUUAAUUUCAUUUGCAAUCCAAAUGCAUGCAUGAAACAUGUUUGUAUACGCAAGUUAAUCCGAUGUUGAAAUAAUUAUUCAAAAAUUUAACCCACCUUCUAUUAUGAUCCUGUAAUGUCGUGAAUACAUAUAGCAAGGACUGUACGUUUGACCAGCACUAGCAAUGACAAAGAGACGAAAGAGUAGUAUAAAACUCUUGCAUGCACGACUAUAUUUUGCGUUUAGUUAAAAAUUAUGCUACCUUCAAAAUACAUUAUUCUUAUUAGCCUAGUUAGUCAACUACAUUUUUAUGCACCCGCAGAACCAUAGCAGAGUUGAAUACGAACUGCCAUAUUGCAGCAAACUCAGGCUUGCCGCAUAUUUUUAUUAUUGACAGUAUUAUCUUUAGUAAUGAUCAGUUAAUUUCCUAAGGCUUUGUAUAUACUUCGUUUUUUUUUGGAGUAAAGCACAAGUUUUCUGCGUGUCAAAUAAUGAGUUGAUGCACUGACGUAGGUCUAAGUACUGACAAGUCCUAGUCAUAUUUAUUUUCGAAAUAAAGCCUUCGUUAAUAUUUCAUUAAUAGGUUUCAUUUUAACUCGACCCCUCUUUUUUCGGCAACGUAAAAAAAGUUUUAAAUAACGUAACUCAUAAAUAUAUAAACACUAACGGGUAUAAUGACAACGACGAGCAAUUUUUUGACACGAAAGAGAUCCAGAUCUGAACUCAUGCAACGUGAAAAAUCUUACUAUUUCAAUCAUAUAUAAAUAUAUAAGCCACGUUCAUUUGAUUAUCUCGUUACAUUUAUUUUGGCGUUAGAAUUGAUAUAUGUUGAUUAAUUAUGUGCAAGCUAUAGCUCAUGGCCAAUAGCUUUAGCUGUUGUGUGCUUCUUAAGAGAAUGAUUGAAAAAACUUGAAUGUUGCCUUGUUGGCACAGCAACAAACAAAUCAAUCAUUCAUGGUAUAGCAGCAUUUUCUGUCCCCCGCAAGAUCUUAUCACGCACAGGCUCCCCUCAGAAUUUUCUGUUAUCUUAUUUUACAUGCAACACUGCAUGCAACAUAUUCUUCGUGGUACUUGUAAACUUUUCUUUGUAUGUGCGUGCGCGGGAUGCUUAUAGAUAAUGCGUCAUGCAUGCAGAGAAACUCCACCGACGCAGUCUGAAAUGGUUGUCACCUUGAUAUAGCCAUGCAAAGUGCAUACAAAUUUUCCAUGGAUACUGAGUGGGAAUUAAUGGAAAAAAACCCAGGAGUUUUAGCAGAGCAAAUCAUUUGAGAACUGACAAAAACCACAACAUGGUCGCGGAACCAUCUUGGCCCGAACCAGGCCCCAACUGGCCAGAGGCGAAAUCGUCGUGGGGCUUGGCCUGGCCCAUACAUGUCUACGCAUUCGCCAGUAUAUGGACACUGGCAGCAAUAUACUUCCUUUUCUUCUUCGUUCAAUCAAUCUGGCGUCGAAGCAAUGAACACAAAAGGUCCCCCUUAAUAAUGCUGAGUCUUCAACUGCUCAUCCAAGCGUUAUCACGAUGUUUCGUGCUGUUUCUGAACCCGUACGCUUCAAGAUCGAGCAACCAUGCACAGCUUGUCAUAACGAUCGCCGUAUGGUCUUUGGGCACUGCUGGGCUUACAUCAGCUUUCGGAGUGCUGCUACUGAUCCUCCUUGAUGCAACAAAACUUAGCCUGGCUCCGCCAAAAUUUCAAAAUAUUUAUGUUCUCAUCAUUAUAACUAUCGCAAACUUCGCAUUUGUCGUCGUCUCUGACAUCAUCGUCGCCUUUCACGAAUCCGCAAACAUAUUACUGGUCUUAUGUCAAGUUACCUUUGCCCUCUGGGGAGUUGUUAUUACAGUGGGUUACUCCAUGGCUGCCUACAGAAUACGCAAGAACUUAACAGCAACAUUUGAUGGUGUGGAAUCCGGUCCUAAAACCCCGGGGGAUCCGAUGAGGUUUAAAUGGUUGAUCAUAAAGUGUUGUGUUUCGUCCAUCUUGGGUCUGUGCGUGUUUGGGAUGAGUCUGUACGCGGCGCUGUUCGGGGAGAGCAGUGUCCUCUCUGACACAGAAUUCGCGGAUAGUUGGCCGUGGUGGGUAUUUCAGACGAUAUUUCGGAUUUUGGAAAUCCUUGUGACCUUAUUGAUUUCAGUCGUUGCUUUGCAAACGCCUCGAGUCCCGCGUUAAAGAGGGUCGUGCAUGGCUA